AUGUCUCCUGCUAUAGUGGGCGAAAAGUGGUGGAAAAAUUCCAUCAUCUACCAAAUAUACCCCGCCAGCUUCAAGGAUUCCAAUGGCGAUGGCAUUGGCGAUAUCCCAGGGAUCAUCUCGUCUCUCGAUUACAUCACAAGCCUUGGCGUCGAUGUGAUCUGGCUGUGUCCCAUGUACGACAGCCCACAGAUUGACAUGGGCUAUGAUAUCUCCGACUACCAAAGUGUUUAUGGCCCAUACGGCACUGUCGAGGAUAUGGAGACCCUCAUCGAUGCAUGCCAUAAGCGAGGACUUCGGAUUAUUCUGGACUUGGUGGUGAAUCAUACUUCAGAUCAGCACCAAUGGUUCAAAGAGUCCCGCUCUUCAAAGACAAACCCCAAGCGCGAUUGGUACAUCUGGAAGCCCGCAAAAUACGAUGCCAACGGAAAUCGUCAGCCGCCAAAUAACUGGCGCAGUAUUUUCGGAGGCAGUGCUUGGGAAUGGGACGAGAAAACAGAAGAGUAUUAUCUCCAUCUGUUCUGUGUUGAACAGCCCGAUGUCAAUUGGGAGAACGCCGAGACUCGCAAGGAGAUCUACGAGUCUGCAAUGGAAUUCUGGCUGCAGAAGGGCGUGGAUGGUUUCCGCGUCGAUACAGUCAAUAUGUACAGCAAGCACCCCGAUUAUGCCAAUGCUCCAAUCCUUGAUCCAAAGUCCGAUACACAACCUGCUUUCGAUCUGUUCACCAAUGGUCCUCGCAUCCACGAGUACAUAGGCGAGAUGAACGAGGUGCUUUCCAAAUACGAUGCAAUGACCGUUGGCGAAUUGCCAAACACACACACCGUGGAAGGUGUUCUGCGCUAUGUAUCAGCAGCGGAGAAGCAGCUGAGCAUGGUCUUCCAAUUCGACCUUGUCGACCUCGGUCAGGGCAAGGACUACAAGUUCCUGACCACUUUCCCAGGCUGGAAGCUAGGAGAAUUAAAGAGUGCCAUAAAGACCACCCAAGAUCUUAUCAAGGGAACCGAUGCAUGGACCACGGUGUUUAUGGAGAACCACGACCAGGGCCGCUCUGUGAGUCGGUUCGGCUCUGACAAGACACCCGAGUUCAGAGUUCGGUCUGCGAAGAUGCUCGCCAUGAUGCAAAGUACACUUUCCGGCACACAGUUUAUCUACCAGGGCCAAGAGAUUGGAAUGGUGAAUGCGCCCCGGGAGUGGACGAUUGAUGAAUACAAAGACGUUGAUAGCACCAACUACUAUCGCAUGACGAGCAAACUGUCUGGCAACGAUCCAGCCGCGUUGAGCACGGCUAUGGAUUCUCUGCAGCUCUUGGCAAGAGAUCAUUCCAGACUCCCCAUGCAGUGGAGUGCUGACGCUAAUGCGGGCUUUUCACCGGCCUCGUCGGCAAAGCCGUGGAUGCGCCCGCAUGAUAAUUAUCCCGAGAUCAAUGUGCAGCUCCAGGAGAAAGAUUCGUCUUCUGUUCUUUCUUUCUGGAAACAAAUGAAUGAGCUGCGCAAGGAGUAUGCCGAUCUCCUCGUCUUUGGAGAGUUUGAUAUUCUCGACGAGCCAAAUCAGCAUGUCUUCACUUAUACCAAGACAGCUCGCAACCAGACUAUCCUGGUGGUCCUUAACUUCUCGGAUACAACACAGAAGUUUGAGAAACCGGAGUCGGUGAAGAGCGAAGAUUGGAAAUUAUUGGUUGGCAAUGUAGAUGGGGCCAAGGAGGACUUACAGGCGUUUGAGGGAAGAGUCUACUUGGUUUAG